UGAGAUGCUACUGCGCUCUUGCUGUGGCGUUGGUUGUGGCGUUUAGCUUCUGUGCUAACCUGUUACUGAAUGAAUUGCUAUUUGAACACUUUUAAAGUCUUUACAGUUGGUUUACAUCUCUGGAUAGUGAGCAAGCUGACCGAUAUGUAGCCAUCAAUUGUUUACAUCCAGCUAAUCUACAGUUAGAGAUCAUCAGUCUGCUGUAAACAUAAAAUAUUCAUUUCUGAGCUUUUCAAAUCUGUAAAGAUGCCUGAUAUCAAAGUUACGCCUUUAGGGGCCGGUCAGGAUGUCGGCCGCAGCUGUAUUUUGGUCUCCAUUGGAGGCAAAAACAUAAUGCUUGACUGUGGGAUGCACAUGGGCUAUAACGACGAUAGACGUUUCCCAGAUUUCAGUUACAUUACCCAGAACGGUCGCCUCACUGAGUUCCUGGACUGUGUUAUUAUAAGUCAUUUCCACUUGGAUCACUGCGGUGCUCUUCCUUACAUGAGCGAGAUGGUGGGUUACGACGGGCCCAUCUACAUGACGCACCCAACCAAAGCCAUCUGCCCCAUCCUGCUGGAGGACUUCAGAAAGAUCACAGUAGACAAAAAAGGAGAGACCAAUUUCUUCACGUCACAGAUGAUCAAAGACUGCAUGAAGAAAGUUGUGCCACUCAACCUCCACCAAACAGUUCAGGUAGAUGAAGAGCUCGAGAUCAAAGCGUACUAUGCAGGUCAUGUGCUGGGAGCCGCCAUGUUUCAAAUCAAAGUCGGCUCGGAGUCUGUUGUCUACACAGGUGAUUACAACAUGACACCAGACAGACAUUUAGGAGCUGCUUGGAUUGACAAAUGCCGACCGGAUAUUCUAAUAUCAGAAUCCACGUACGCCACCACCAUCAGAGACUCCAAACGCUGCAGGGAAAGAGAUUUCCUCAAGAAAGUUCACGAAACUGUGGAAAGAGGAGGAAAGGUCUUGAUUCCAGUGUUUGCUCUGGGUAGAGCACAGGAGCUCUGUAUUCUAUUGGAAACAUUCUGGGAGAGAAUGAAUCUGAAAGCCCCCAUUUACUUCUCCACUGGGCUGACGGAGAAAGCCAAUCACUACUACAAGCUCUUCAUCACCUGGACCAAUCAGAAGAUUCGCAAGACCUUCGUGCAAAGAAACAUGUUUGAGUUUAAGCACAUCAAAGCCUUUGAUCGCUCAUAUGCUGAUAACCCUGGACCAAUGGUUGUGUUUGCUACUCCUGGAAUGUUGCAUGCCGGCCAGUCUUUACAGAUAUUCAAGAAAUGGGCCGGCAAUGAAAAGAACAUGGUGAUCAUGCCAGGGUACUGUGUGCAAGGAACUGUGGGACACAAGAUCUUGAAUGGACAGAAAAAACUUGAGAUGGAGGGAAGAGCAACGUUGGACGUGAAGCUGCAGGUGGAGUACAUGUCCUUCAGCGCUCACGCCGACGCCAAAGGCAUCAUGCAGUUGAUCCGCAUGGCAGAACCCAGAAACAUGCUGCUGGUCCAUGGAGAGGCCAAGAAAAUGGAGUUCCUCAAAGACAAGAUCGAGCAGGAGUUCAGUAUCAGCUGCUAUAUGCCUGCCAAUGGAGAGACGACAACCGUAGUGACGAACCCCAGCGUACCUGUGGACAUCUCGCUCAACCUGCUGAAGAGAGAGAUGGCUCUUGGAGGUCCGUUGCCUGAUGCUAAACGACCUCGCACCAUGCAUGGGACGUUAAUAAUGAAGGACAAUAGUCUGCGGCUGGUUUCUCCAGAACAGGCUCUUAAAGAGCUGGGCCUCAGUGAACACCAGCUGCGUUUCACCUGCCGUGUUCAGCUCCACGACCCCCACAGUGACACAGACACACUUGGACGCAUCUACUCACACCUCAAGAGUGUAUUGAAAAGUUACAGCAUCCAGCACGUUCCAGACGGCACGGUCAUUGUGGAAUCCAUCGUUAUUAAAGUCACAUCCUCGGCUGAGGAGCCCAACCUCAAAAUCAUUCUGCUCUCAUGGAGCUAUCAGGAUGAAGAAUUGGGCAGUUUCUUGUCUACGUUGUUGAAGAAAGGUCUGCCUUCGUGACUGGUGACUCUGAUUUGAUGUUUGUCUUUGGUUUAAAUAAAAAAAAAUUAACAAUAAAAUUUUUUUAGUAAAAUUGA